AUAUAUCGGUAGAGCACAUAAAGAGAGAGAACAGAGAAAGUUCUGCAAUCUCUGUCUCGGCCCCUCUCUCUCCCCGCCUCCCAAUCAUCCCCGCGAUCUUUCUCGUGCUUCCCAGCGCUCUCGUACGGGACCGCGCUCCCACCGGACCUCUGGUUCUCUCUUGGAUCUCCUCUCCUUCGCCCCCACGAAUCCAAGGCACCGUCCUCCUCCCCGAUCCCUCUCUUCUUUCUCUCAGUUAGCGAAGAGGUGCUUGAAGAGAGAAGAGAAGGUGGGGUUGUUUGUUGAUUCGUUGGCCGCCGUUUGGAUUGUCUGUUGCGAGGUUUUGGAUGGCUUUGAUGGUUCUUGUUGGAGGAGGAGGGGGAUUUAGGGUUUAUUGACCUCGGAUAUUGGUGUUUUUUAUGUUCCGCACAAUUUUUUGUGCGUGUGUUGGAGAGGGAGCGAUGAUGGCGAUUCGGUACGUGGGAGCGAGAGCAAGGCGCGGAGGAGCUGCUUGCUGUGAUCUGGGGUAGGGAUGAGAGAUAGUGGUAUCGGAUGGUUUGAUUCGAUUCGUGGUGGUGAAGGCGGAUAUUGAGGUAGUAUGCGAGGAAAAUUAGAAUAUUAAAUAUCUUUUGUUUCUUGUUCGAAGAAAUUGAGGAAUAAGGAAGAAAAGGAUAUUUUUUUUUAUAAGUUUUUUCCCCUCUCCUUUCAAUCUCCGUGGUUGUUCGUGAGUUUGAUGGGGAAUAAGAUAGGGAGGAGGAGGCAGGUGGUGGAUGAGAAGUACACAAGGCCGCAGGGCCUGUACCAGCACAGGGACAUCGAUCAGAAGAAGCUAAAGAAGCUCAUUCUUGAUUCCAAGCUGGCGCCUUGCUACCCUGGGAGCGAGGAAUGCGGCCUGGAUCUCGAGGAGUGUCCCAUCUGCUUUCUGUAUUAUCCGAGUCUUAAUCGAUCGAGAUGUUGCAUGAAAGGCAUAUGUACAGAAUGUUUUCUUCAGAUGAAACCACAUCAUUCUACUCGACCUACACAAUGCCCCUUCUGUAAAACUCCAAACUAUGCUGUGGAAUAUCGUGGCAUGAAGACAAAGGAGGAAAAGGGCAUGGAACAAGUUGAAGAACAGAGGGUAAUAGAAGCACAAAUAAGGAUGCGGCAGCAAGAACUUCAGGAUGAAGCAGAAAGAAUGAAGAAGGUUCAGGAUGCAAGUACGCCAAGCAGAAAAAUGACUCCAGCAGAAGUUGAACAUCGGGAUAUGUGUAGUACCUCACUUUCAGUGCCAUCCCUUACAUGCACGACACUAGGUAAUGAGUCUGUUUCAUAUCAAGCCUCAUGCUCUGCACCAGCAAGCACCAGGCCUUCACACUCAAGGCAGAAUCGGGAUGACAAUUUUGACCUGGACCUUGAGGAUAUUAUGGUUAUGGAAGCAAUUUGGCUUUCUAUUCAGGAGCAAGGAAGUCCAGGAAAUCCACCUGGUGGUGGCAAUGUUUUGCCUGAACCAUCCUUCUCAGAAGAACGCAACAACUCUGUCGCUGUAGCUCCUGCAGAAGGAUCUCCUGGUGGGCUGGCCUGUGCAGUUGCUGCCCUGGCCGAGCGUCAGCACAUGAAUGGAGACUCUGCUGCUAGCAUGGCUGACAGUGAUGCUUCGUCUUUCGGCAUGCCUCAACAGUCAACCAGCUUGGCUGUUGGGAUGGCGAGGGUAGCGGAAAAUGAUCCUCCAGCUCCAGGGUGCUGGAACGAAGUAUCACCGGACAGUGGGAGGGAAGUACCGACGGAGGAGGGUGAGUGUUUGACCAAUCAUUGUUCAGAGGCGACACCGGCAGGGACCAACUAUGUAGGCUCUGAUGUCAUGGUACAUGCAGGGGAUGCUACAGUAUCCCUCCCAGAAGGUGGUAACGUGGGUUCGAGCCACCUUCUUCCAGAGAGCUUUGAAGAGCAAAUGAUGUUGGCCAUGGCUGUUUCUCUUGCGGAGGCUGGAGCGAGGACAAAUGCCAAGGGCUGACCUGGCUGUGAUGAUCGAUGGCAUGGUUGGAAGAAUCUGCAUGUAUUUGGUUCCUUUGGUUCUUUUCUUUUUCUCUCUCCCUUCUUACAUCUAUAGUUGUUGCUUCUACAGUUCUUUUUUUGUUGGUUGGUUGGUUUCUUAUUUACAUAUGUGAAAGGGAAAGGAAAAAAUAGAAAGAAAAUAUGGAAGUGACAUUUGUGGAUGGUGCGUAAGAAGGCAGAUAUAGAUGAAAGGAUGAUAGAAUGUGCAAUAAUUUGAUCUCUUCUUUGAAC